AUGGCUAUGGCGGCGGAGAAGAAGAAAAUAGAGAUCCGGUCGGUUUGGGCGGCGAAUCUGGAGUCGGAGUUCCAGCUGAUCGAGAGCUUGAUCGACCGGUACCCGUACGUGGCCAUGGACACGGAGUUCCCCGGGUUGGUGUACCGGCUGCCGGCGAGGCCGUCGGAGUUGUCGCCGGCGGCGAGAUACCGCUGCCUCAAGGCCAACGUGGACGCCCUCAGCCUGAUCCAGGUGGGGCUCACCCUCUCCGACGCCGACGGCAACCUCCCCGGCGGCGCCGCCGGCGACGGCAGCGGCGGGUUCAUCUGGGAGUUCAACUUCCGGGACUUCGACCCCUCGCGCGACGACCACGCCCCGGAGUCCGUGGAGCUGCUCCGGCAGAACGGCAUCGACUUCGAGCGGAACCGCCGCGACGGCGCCGCCUGCCGGCGGUUCGCGGAGCUGAUGAUGUCGUCGGGGCUCGUCUGCAACGAGGGGGUGAGCUGGGUGAGCUUCCACGGCGCCUACGACUUCGGGUACCUGCUGCGGCUGCUCUCCGGCGAGCGGCUGCCGGAGAGGUUGCCGGAGUUUGUGCAGCUGCUGCGGGGGUUCUUCGGGGACAGGGUCUACGACGUGAAGCACAUGACGAGGUUCUGCGAGAACCUGUACGGGGGCCUGGAGAGGGUCGCCGGAGAGUUGCAGGUGGAGAGGGCGGUGGGGCGGUGCCACCAGGCCGGCUCCGAUAGCCUCCUCACCUGGCACGCCUUCCUCAGGAUGAGGGACCUCUUCUUCCUCCACCACGCCGAGGAGAGGCUCGCCGGUGUCCUUUACGGCCUAGAAGCUUGUUGA